ACCAGCGUCACGAUGUGUGUACAAACACAACAUCCGUCCCUUCAGGACUGUUUCUUAAAGGUCAGACCGCAAACUGCUCUCCUCGCUGAAGAAUCGACCAUGUUUGAGUGAGAAUGAGCGUAGGCUCAGAUGACAGAACGAUGAGGAAAAGUCUGAUACAGGUGUUCGGAUUCUUGUUUUCCACCCUCGGCUGGCUCUUCGUCAGCUGCACACUAGCCAUGAACUACUGGAGAGUCAUUUUUGUAGGCGGCAAAGGCGGCAGCUGGAUGAUCAAGUCGUCCUGGUAUUGGUCAAACCUGUGGAGGGACUGUGUGACGGACACGUCUUCCGUCACGAACUGCAGAGACUAUGAUGUGCUGUGGGCCGUCACACCGUACGUUCAGGGCGUCCGAGGGCUGCUGAUGGUCGGCAUGAGUCUGGGGUUUGUCGCUGCUGUGCUCUGCUUCAUUGGCAUGGACUGCACAUACAUCGGUGGAAGUGGGAAAACAAAGGAUAAAAUAUUAUUCUCCGGAGCAGCUUUUCAUUUUGUUGGUGGUGUGUCAGCGCUUGCGGCGUAUUGUUUAUACACAAACAGGGUCGCCAGCAGUGCCUUUUCACCUGUUGUUGACAGAAGUAUUAUAAGGUAUGGGAUUGGAACUCCGAUAUUCCUCGGACUGGCUGGAAGUUUCUUUAUAAUUCUUGGAUCUGUUUUAUAUGGUGUUACAGUCAUCCCAACGAGAAUAUUGAGUGCGUUUGCAGCGAGUGCAGCAGAAGCUCCUCCGUCGUACGGCCAGCGGACGGCCGGUAAAUCUCUCUACACUACUCCAUACUACGCUCUGUCACAACGCUCCAGCAGCUCUCACGUCUCCAGCAUCUCACACGUCACAGCGGAGAAAAUAUCUGCCAGAGACACCUUUGUGUGAAACCCUAAAAGAGCUCUGUAACAUGACAACCAGCAAUAAAAACUACAAAAAACCUGCUACAUGUUGGAUUCAU